AUGUCUCGUAUCCUAAUCGUCCUGAUAGCCAUAGCCUGUUUCCAUCAUGCAAGCCCUAAACCAGUCAGGAGAACGCUCAAUUUUAACAUGUUUGUUCUAAAACCACAAUCGGGAUCACCGGACCGUACUAUAUUGGCUACUGAUGGUAUGUCCAGAUUUGGACCACUCUUGGAGUACAUAGUUCAAAGGGUACAAGGAAUGAUGUCGGUUCGUUUGCCUCCGGAAACAACUCCUCAAGGUGAUAAGUUGAAGAUUGCAAGUGUUGACACAUCAGACAACGAGGUGGAUGGUUCGCAAGAGUCCAAAAUGCCUGGUGUAGUGGUGCGACCUUCUCGCACGAAGCCCGGCACCUACGAAGUGGAAAUCGACGUGGUAAUAGACGACGGACAGCCCAACAAUAUCAAA